UUUCCAUGGUCCGCCGCCGCCGCCGCCGCCGUCUCGCGUCCCCCAUCAUGCCGCUCCCGGCGCCUGCGCCGCCGCUGGACAACGACGACCUCCUCCGUGAGAUCCUACUCCUCCUUCCUCCGCAGCCAUCCUCCCUCCUCCGCGCCUCCGUGGUCUGCAAGCGCUGGCGCCGCCUCGUCUCCGAUCCGAGAUUCCUCCGCCGCUUCCGCGCGCACCACCGUAGGCCCCCACUCCUCGGCUGCUUCUCCUACGACCAAGAUAUCGGUUACGUCUUCACUCCCACGCUGGACCCGCCCGACCGCAUCCCCGCCGCGCGUUUCUCCCUGCCGCAGCGCUGCCGCGACGAGGGAGGGUUGGACUUCGUGGAAUGCCAUCACGGCCUCGCCCUUUUCCUCAACAAGAAACAACCCGAGGCCGUCGUGUGGAACCCCAUCUCCGGUCACCAGCACCGAGUAGCUUUUCCACCAGAGUUCGGCGACGCUAGAGAGAGGGAGAUCCUAUGCGCGGCGGUGCUCUGCGCUGCCGGUGAUGACGACCCUGGCCAUGUGCACGGUGAUUGUGGCUUGAGCUCUUUUAAAUUGGCUUUGGUGCGAGGUGGCCAAGACCACGCAAGUCUAUCUGUGUGCCUCUACAAAUCCAAGUCUGGCCUAUGGGGAAAUGUUAUCUCAACGACUAAAGACUGGUACACAUUGUUUUAUUGGAGAAAGUCCAACGUCCUGAUUGGGAAUGCACUUUACUGGUGGUGUUGCCAGAUUGAAGGUUGCAUUCUUGAGUUUGAUUUUAAAAUGCAGAAGCUUGUUACAAUUGAGAAGCCAGUAGACGGCGGUUGUUCCAACUAUCAGAUCAUGCGGACAGAGGAAAGUAGUCUCGGACUCAUCAUUUUGACAGAACUGACCAUGCAGUUAUGGGAGCGGAAGGUCAGUUCUGAUGAUGUUGCUACAUGGGUCCUUCAGAAAACCAUUGAGUUGACAAAGCACCUUUGGCCAAGACAGUCCGUCCAGGUCUUCUGGACCAGGAUACAUGGGUACGAGGAGGAUCACAAUGUGAUAUUUCUGGGGACAUCUAGUGGUUCUUUCAUGAUUCAACUCGACUCAAUGCAGUUCAAUAACCGAUUCCAAUUCAAGUCCAUCUUCACCCAUUUUCCCUACACAAGCUUUUAUGCUGCUGACUGGGCUGCUGGUGGUAGAGAUGAUGGAACUGAAAUGUGA